UGUUCAAAAAAAUCAAAACCCAGAUCUUUCAGUUUCCACCGCCCGCUGUUCCAGUUCGGGUUUGCCGUUCGCAAGCUUCAGCCGCUGUCUCUCAACUCUCAAGCUUGCCUCCCUCUCUCUGUGCAACUGCUAAAUUGUAUGUAUGGGUUUUGUUUUAAUUUUUUUUUCUAAAUCAAUUAAUCAAGGUCUGUAAGAUUGUAAUUCUUGUUUUACAAAUCAAUUAAUCAUGUUCUGUAAGAGCGGCGGCGGCGGCAACGGCAGCAGAGGGGACGGCGGAGAGAGAGAGAAAGAGAGAGGAGAGACAAAGGAGCAAAAAAAAAUAAAUUUUUUUAAUUUAAAUUUUGGGUUUCGGUUAAAUUCGGUUGAGCGGAGCCAACCCGAAUAUGUCUGAAUUUUGACAAAACACAAUCCGAACAUGAGUCCGAUUUGUGAAUUUAAAGUCUAAAUUUUAAAAUUUCGGAUUAGACUGAUUAGCUCGUCCAAGUUGGAGCCCUGCAUAUGGUAUAAAGACAAGGGAAAUUUGGAAAAUAUCAGUAACAUCCAAAGGAGAAAAUUAAUAUCAGACAUGAGAAAAAUGACAAGGAAGAGUAGUUUAAUUCAACUUUGAGACUCAUAAGAAAACAAAGAAAAUGGACCCAAUUUUAGCAUACAAUUCUCAAUCAUAUAUGCCUCAGGACUAACUGAAUGGUGAAGUACUUGUUAUACUAGUAAAAUCUGCAGGGACAGAAAAAGAAGAAAAAUGGGCAAGCCACAUGUUCUAGCCAUACCUUAUCCAGCACAAGGCCAUGUAAUUCCUCUGAUGGAGCUUGCGCAGUACUUAGUCACAGCCGGUUUCAAUGUCACCUUUGUAAACACUGAGUUUAACCACAAACGUGUGACUGAUGCAUUCUCAGAGAAAAAUAACAUAGGGGAUGAGAUACAUCUGGUUUCAAUUCCGGAUGGGUUGGCAUCCUCUGAGGACAGAAAUGAUUUGGGAAAGCUAUCAGAAGCAAUCUUUCGAGUCAUGCCGGAAAAGCUUGAGGAGCUCAUAGUGAAGAUUAAUGAAUCAGAUAGCGAAGAUAUCACUGGCGUUAUUGCGGAUGAGAGUAUUGGUUGGGCCCUGGAAGUUGCCGAGAAGUUGGGAAUCAGGCGAGCAGCCUUCUGGCCUGCAGCAGCGGCAAUGUUGGCCUUGGGAUUGAGCAUCCCCAAGCUAAUUGAUGACAAAAUCAUAAACAAUGAAGGAUUUCCAAUUAAAGCCAGGACGAUUAGGUUGUCACCAACCAUGCCAGCCACGAGCACAGCACACUUAGCAUGGACCUGCAUUGGUGACGUGACCACCCAAAAAAUUAUUUUUGAAGUUAUGGUGAGAAAUACCAAAUCUGUGAAAGUAGCGGACUGGCUGAUUUGCAACUCAACUUAUGAGCUAGAGCCUGAAGCAUUUACCUUGUUUCCAAACAUCUUACCAAUAGGUCCACUUUUGGCAAGCAAUCGGCUUGGAAACUCAGCAGGUUAUUUCUGGCCAGAAGACUCAGCCUGCCUGAAAUGGCUUGAUCUACAACCACCCAGAUCAGUCAUCUAUGUAGCAUUUGGGAGCUUCACAAUCUUUGACCACAACCAGUUCCAAGAACUGGCUCUGGGACUUGAGCUCACCGACAGGCCAUUCCUAUGGGUUGUGAGGCCAGAUUUAACUCACAACACAAUUGAUCCUUACCCAGAAGGAUUUAGAGACAGAGUAGCAGCUCGUGCACGAAUGGUGGGUUGGGCACCUCAACAAAAGGUUCUGAGUCAUCCUUCUGUUGCAUGCUUCUUAAGCCAUUGUGGUUGGAACUCUACCAUGGAGGGUUUGAGCAAUGGAGUCCCUUUCCUGUGCUGGCCUUACUUCGCAGACCAGUUUCUUAAUCAGAGCUACAUUUGUGAGGUUUGGAAGGCUGGAUUAGGGUUCAAACCAGAUCAAAGUGGAAUCAUAACACAAGGAGAGAUCAAGGAUAAGGUGGAUCAAGUGCUUAGCAAUCAGAAAUUCAAAGAAAGAGCUUUGGAGCUUAAAGAAAUGGCUAGAGGUAGUGUUACAGAAGGUGGCUGUUCUCACAAGAAUUUCAACAAUUUCAUUGAAUGGAUGAAGGCAUAGACAAAAUUAAAGAGAACUUCUAUAUGAAAUUCUUGCCUAUCAUAAAGAACAAUGAAACCUAGAAAAUUAAUUGUCCUGUUAAAAAAUUGCCUACACUUUCAAUGAAAGUUUAGGUCAUCUUUGUGUUUGGAUGUAA